AUGAUUUAUAUUUUCAAUGUGCAUGCAAUAUGGGCUCUGAGCUUUGACAAAGAUAAUCAGCAGAAGGUGGUAAGUACUGAGGGCCUAGGCGUACUGGAGCUGUUGUUCGAACUAAAGAAAUCGCAAAAUGUCAACAUCAAGAAAGCUUGCAAUGGUGCAUUGUGGAAUCAUCGAAACAUGCUAAAAAACUGUGAGCUCCAAAAAUACAGAGAUUUUGCUUUGAAACUGGAAGAAGAUACAGCAGUCAGAGCAAAGUCAGAGGAAGUUAAUAAACGUUCCAGUGAAAAACAAAGUGCUAAAGACGACGAAAAGGACGCCCGAGGGCACGUGAUGAUCUCCUAUCAGUGGGCCGAUCAAGAGAUGAUGAAGCGAAUCAGAGAUCAACUCAAAUUUAAUGGUUUUAGAGUGUGGAUGGAUAUUGAUGAAAUGGGUGGAUCUACUCUACAAGCCAUGGCCAGCGCGGUGGAAAAUGCAGAACUAGUACUGAUGUGCAUGUCGCAGAAGUACAAGAACAGCCCAAACUGCAGAGCCGAGGCUGAGUAUGCGUUCCAGAAGAGUAAGAAGAUUAUUCCGCUGAAAAUGGAACGCGGCUACGUGCCAGACGGUUGGCUGGGAUUCAUCUGUGGCGCUAAAUUGUUCUACGAGUUUAGCGGGAAGUAUACCCUUGAGGAUAAAAUGGCCGGCCUGUUGAAGGAGAUAGGAAAACAAUGGAACCGAGACCAGGAGCAAAAGGAGCCUGUCAUUAAACCUGAAAUUGCAAAACCGGUCAACUCAGAACCUGUCCGAACAGUGGACCAUGUAGACUCCGGUAGUACAGUGGCUAGGGUAUCGGUUUUCAACAGAACCGUCGAAUCUGUGAGAAAAUGGACAGAUUCUGAUCUUAAAAGAUGGAAAGACAAAAACGAACUGAACAGUGUUUUGCCGGGACGAAUCACUGCCGGUGAAGUUGCACUACUUCUUCAGAUGAAGAAGUCUCCAGAUUUCUUCUACAAAUGUCUACAUGAGAUGAUGAAGCUUUCGGAUCUUUUGUCGAUGUCAAAACUUGUUUGGGCCUUGCAAGAUAUCGAGAAACAUUAACCAGUGUAUGAACACAUAAUUUGUGAGCAACAUGUGAUAAUGUAUUGUGUAAAAUUUUGAAGAUGAAUUAUAAUUUAACAAAAAGAUGCAAGUGUAGUUAUUAACAUUUUGAAUGUAAUACAUGAUUGGUCAAGUGGAAUAUUGAAUUGUUUGUGGUUAGCAAUUUUCUCAGGAUGUUUGUUAUUAAUUUAUUUUGUUAAAACAUAAAUAUACAUAUAUUUUAGCUUUUAACAUUUUUCUAUCUAAAAACCGUUGAAAUGAUUUUUAGCUCGUCUGUUUUCGGAGAAAAUCCGAGGUUUUGUCAUAGCAAGUUCGUCGUCCGCCGACCGGCGUCUGCCGUCCGGCGUCUGCGUCGUGCUAAAACCUUAACAUUGGCUCUAAAAUAUAAGUGCUUCCACCUACAACUUGUAUGUAGUUGCACCUUGAUGAGUUCUACACGCCACACCCAUUUUUUGGUCACUAGGUCAAAGGUCAAGGUUACUGUGACCUGUAAAAAAAUAUAUACACUUACCUUUCUUCCUUUUCUUCUGACAAGCUUUCAUUUAUUCAAAACUGCACCCACAGCCGAGCGUUGACAACCUCUAUGCGGUGCUCUUGUUUACAUUUAAUUUUGUCACUUAUUUUCUUAUUUAUUAAUUUCCUAUGCUAAUACCAUUUGAUAUUAUAGAAUAAAUUGUUGGUUUA